CUACUUCUCUCAUUCCAGGAAGUAUAUUGCCGCGGUUUCCGCCCUUCGUCAAAUCAUAAGCUGCAAAUCAAGAGUCCCUCUGCUAUCAAUACUAGAGCUAUGAAUACGAAUGUUUAUAAAGUAUCACUCAACGGUGGCUAGCUUUAGUUUAACGCAGAUUUUAUAGUAUGUCUCGGUAGCGAGCUUGUUAGUCCAUGUGGUCCCAUCGUAAACGGCUAACUUUAGCUAGCUAGUUGACAGUUUUAACUUUUACGGAUAAGCGUGCAAUUUUUUUUUUAGAUAGCACACAUCUACAAUAAGAUAUUUCAAAGAUGGACUUGUCCCAUAUGCUGCAAGACCUACAACAAUGUAAGGCUCCUGAAGAGGGACAUUCCCCAGCAGAACCUGAUACGCUGCUCUCCCGUCCAGUGGCUGAGGUCCUGCUUCAUGUCCAGGAGAAACUUAAGGCACCAGGACUUACCACAGACCAAAGUGGAGAAAUCCUUCAUAUUGUGGAGCAGCUAUUCAGACUGGGGGACAGACAUUGGCUUUUUUCUGAGUGUUGCAGCAAUCAGAGCACAGACUUGACAAGGGAGUAUGUAGACUUUGUGAGCUCCCUGACACUGUAUGCUGCUUUGCCAUUGUGUGACAAUGACAGUGGCACACUACCAGAGAGUUCCUUUGAGGCCAUCCCGGCCAGAGCCUGUGUCGUGAGUUCAGUAGUCUUAGCCCUGGUACAAAGACUUGGGAAUGGAGGAGAGGUUGUUUCCAGCCACUGCCAAGCCACCUCCUGGGUCUUCCUCACAGGUCCACUUGCCCCCCUCUUGUGUGUGUUUGCGUUGACUCAUAUGCAAGAGCAGGCAUGGACCAGUGAGGCCUCCAGAACAGCUGCAUCUAACCUCCUGGACUCAGUGGUUCAGGCAGGGGACUGGGAGACCACCUCACAGCUUCUGUUUGGGAAGAACAACACAGAGCGCCAACCAGGAAUCCUUGGCUCCAUCUUGGAGAUCCUGCAGUCUGAUUUAAAAAGGGACAGCUGGAAGCGAAACCAGGCCACUAAGCAUGUAUUUGCCUGGAUCGUCAUGCAGGUGGGCCGGCCGUGGCUGACCGACUAUCUGGAGAAGGUUUUCCCCCCUUCACUGCUGAUGUCAGAUGAUUACUGCACUGACAACCAAGUGCUGGGAGUACGCUGCCUGAAUCACAUUGUCCUCAAUGUGCCUGCUGCCGAUCUCUGUCAGUACAACAGGGCCCAGGUGCUCUACCAUGCCCUCUUCAACCACCUCUACACAUCUGAGCCUCAGCUUAUUGAGGUGGUCCUUCCAUGCCUGAUAGACCUUUUGCCUGUGUUGGAGAAAGACCCUGCUUGCACUGGGCUCCCCAGGAAACCUAACCGUUAUGACGAGGUGCUGCGGCUGACCCUCACCCAUAUGGAGACAGAGCAUAAACUUGCACUUCGGAGUGUCUAUGCCAAGUUUCUGGAACACUUCAUUGAAAAGAUGGGUAUCGUCAUUGUUCGCCAUCUGAAACGAUUGGAAAGAGUAAUCAUUGGGUAUCUAGAGAUCUCAGACGGUCCUGAAGAACAGACUAGACUAGCUAUCCUGGAUGCUUUAGAAAAGACCCUGCUCAUCGCCUGGCCAAGAAUGGAGUGCCGUCUUUCCGCCCUGGUGCAGAGUCUGUUGAGGCUAGUGUGUGACCUGUCCACAGAGUCCAUACCCCCAGCAGUGAGAGAGGAGCUUUUCACCAAGGCCACUCAUUGUCUGCUGCUGUUGGACAACUGCACCCAGGGCAAGCUCAAGAUGCUUCUAAAGGAUGUCGACAGCAGCUGCACCAGCACCUAUGUGCUGAGAUGCAUAGAGACAGUCACAAUGGCCCGAAGAUGACAUAUCUAGUGUUCAUUCCUCCAUUGGAAAUGAAGCCCACAUCUAUGGAUAUCUGGAACAGUGAUAUGAUCAAGAUGAAUGUGGUUAAUUGAGCAGGACUGACAGAACCUGGAUCAUCAUCUAUGUAGUCUGGCAAAGACUGACCCAAGUGCUAUGAUACAGUAAACUGACAUGUUCCAUUCUGUGUGUCAUGGAUCCACUGUAUUUAUUAAAAUGUCACUGGCUGGGGA